UUCCCCUCCCCAAUUAGAAAAAAAUAGAACGAAAAACCUAACUCACUCCCCAGUUGAACGAAAAACAAUAAAACAUUGAAUCCUAACUCGCUGCUGAAAAGCUUAACUCGCUACUGCGUCAACGGCAGUGUGAUUUACAGUGUGUCAACGGCAGUGCGAGUGCAUCAACGAAAGCCCAUCUUUUUCCAGUGCGAUUUACAGUAUGUCAACGCAGUGCGAGUACGUCAACGACAGCCUAUCUUUUUCCCAGUAAUUAUAGAAAAGAAAGGAAUAGCUUGAACGCCAUGGAUACUCCUAAAAAUAAAAGAUGGAUGUAUUGUGAUAGAGUUAACGAAGAAUAUUCGGACGGAGUAGAGGAUUUUUUAAAUCAUGCCUUUUUUGAAACAAGGUGGAGAAAAAAUUGCAUGUCCUUGUAUGAAGUGUGUGCUUAUCCAUCAAGUAAAUCGGUCUACAACAUAUGAUCAUCUUGUAAUUAAUGGUAUUAUACCGUCAUAUGAUACUUGGUUUUGUCAUGGGGAGUCUCUAAAGGGAUCUAACAAUGCUCGAGAAACUAAUCGCAUCCAGUUAACUUUAAGGGGCGAUGAUAUGCGAGGAAUGAUACAUGAUGCAUUUGGAGGAGUUACACAGUUCAUGGAUACUGACAUUAGUGAAAGCGGUGGCAUGGAGCAAAAUGUACAAGAGAAUACUACUCAUCCAUCUGGAAAUCAGCCUCAUCCAGAGGUGGAUAAGUUUGAACGGUUCAUGAAGGAGGCAAAUGAAGAACUAUAUCCUGGAUGUAAGAAGUUUAGCAAACUAUCCUUUUUGCUGCGUAUGUAUCAUACAAAAUGCAUGUUCAAAUGGUCAAAUGAAUCUUUUAAUUCUUUGCUUGGACUGUUGAAAGAUGCACUGCCUGAAGGAGAAAAAUUGCCUUCUUCUUUCUAUAAGACCAAAAAGAUAGUUGAAGGCUUGGGCUUAAAGUAUGAAAAAAUUCAUGCGUGUCCCAACGAUUGCAUGCUUUUUAGAAAAGAGUUUGCUAAUAAGAAUGUUAAUGAAUGCAAAGUUUGUGGAGCUUCUAGAUGGAAAAAUGAUGCUAGAAAAAUUCCAGCCAAGGUCCUAAGGUAUUUUCCUUUAAAACCAAGGCUACAAAGAUUGUUUAUGUCUUCAGAAACUUCUAAAGCAAUGCGAUGGCAUCAUGAAGAGCACAACAAAGAUGGAGUUUUACGUCAUCCUGCAGAUUAUGAAGCUUGAAAAAAUUUUGAUAGUAAAUAUCUCGAAUUUGCUGGAGAUCCUCACAAUGUGCGCCUAGGAUUAGCUUCUGAUGGGUUUAAUCCAUUUGGCACAAUAUGAACUGUUCACAGUACAUGACCAGUGAUUUUAAUGCCAUAUAAUCUUCCACCAUGGAUGUGCAUGAAACAAGAGUUCUUCAUUUUGUCCUUGCUUAUUCCUGGACCAAAAGCGUCUGGCAAUAAUAUUAAUGUCUUUUUGCAACCUUUAAUAGAAGAGUUAAAUGAACUAUGGGAUGUCGGGGUAGAAACACACGAUGCCUCUACUAAGGAAAUAUUUCAAAUGCAAGCAGCUCUCAUGUGGACUAUAAAUAUUUUUCCAGCAUAUGGUUCUCUCUUUGGAUGGUGAACUUAUGGUCGAUUUUCCUUCCCCUCUUGUAAUAUAAACACUCAAUGUAGAAGGCUCAGACAUAGCAGAAAAUUUUGUUACAUGGGGCAUCGACGCUUCUUGAAGUCGGGACACAAAUAUCGGAAUGAUGCAAAAUCGUUUGAUGGGACUAAAGAAAAAAGACAUGCACCUUGUCCAGUAUCUGGGUCACUAGUGUUGAAUCAAGUUAAAGAUAUAGAAUUUACUUUCGGCCAGUCGAGUGAAGGGGUAAGUGGAGUGAUGAAAAACACAUGGAAAAAGAGGAGUAUUUUUUCGAUCUUCCUUAUUGGAAGUCUAACUUGGUGCGCCAUAAUCCCGAUGUGAUGCACAUAGAAAAGAAUGUGUGUGAUAACUUAAUUUAUACAUUAUUGGGUCUUGGUAAAAAUUCUAAAAACAACUUAGAAGCUCGAUUAGACUUGAAGGAGAUGAAAAUAAGACCAAGUUUAUGGCCUCAAUAUCGAGCUAGUGGGAAAGCAUAUCUUCCUCCUAUUUUUUCCCAAUGUCUCAGAAUGAAAAGGAGUUGUUUUAUGAAGUACUACAAAAUGCCAAGUUUCCAUAUGGCUAUGCAUCUAAUAUCUCACAUUGCAUUCGCAAACGGAAGAUAUUUGGGCUAAAAACUCAUGAUUAUCAUGUUAUUGUAUCGACCUGACCGGUCGUUUUGAGCUCUAGCGCGU